AUGAUGGGAGUACUGACGAUCCAGAUAGGUCAAUGCGGUAACCAGAUAGGACACGAAUUUUUUGAGAUUCUUCAUAAAUAUAUAAGUUUUUCAAAGGAUGAAUGUUUUAAAAGUAAAUUAACUACAAUGUAUUUCGAUGAAGAAUAUAAGUAUGGUCAGAAUUUAUUACCUAUUGUUGAAUAUGAAGAAAAUGAAGGGAAUAGAAAAUAUCCGAAUGAAAAUAAUAACAUUAUGUGUUUAAAUAAUUUAAUAGCUAGAUGUAUACUUAUAGAUAUGGAACCUAAGGUCAUUGAAAAAUGUUUAUCUCUAAAUAAUAAUGAUAAUGAUUGUAUUAAAAGAAGAGGAGGAAAAAAAGGAAAAUAUAAACAAGAUGUGCAAUAUAAUAUUGAGAAGAAUGUAGAUAGAAAAAAAUAUGAUGAUACUGAUGAAUGUUGUUUACAAUAUGUUUGUGGAUUAGAUGAUUAUUAUGAAAGAAAAAAUAAUUUCUUAAAAAUAUUUAAAAGGAAUAAUAAUAAUAAUAAUAAUAAAAAUAAUCAUAAUGAUGAUAAUUAUGGUGAAUAUAAGAUGGAUGGUGAGGGUGAAGAGAAUUAUAAAGAAUUAUAUAAAAAUUCUUUAUAUAACAAUAAUGAUAUUUUAAAAAAUGAAGAUACAUGUAUUGUAUAUGAAUAUAUGAAUGAAAAAAAACAUAACAAUAAACUAUAUAGAAAUAAUAAUUUAUUUGAAAAAAAUGUUUGCGGUUCAUAUUAUUUUACAAAUGAAUGGAAAUAUAAUAAAAGUAAUUUUAUUUGUGGAUUAAAUGGAUCUGGAAAUAAUUGGGCUUAUGGUUUUUCUGUGCAUGGCAAAAAUAUUUGUGAAGAUUUUAUAAAUAUUUUAAAUAAAGAGUUUGAAAAGAAUGAAAGUAAAGAAAAUAUAGAUAACAUAUUAUUAUUUCAUAGUUUAGCUGGUGGUAGUGGUAGUGGUUUAAGUUCUUAUAUAUCAUACAUAUUAAAAGAUGAAUAUCCUAAAAAAAAUAUAUUUAAUAUUUGUAUAUUACCAUAUAUCUUUGGAGAAAUAAGUGUUCAAAGUUUAAAUACUAUAUUAUGUUUAUCUUCUUUAUAUGAUUGUUCAGAUGGUUUAAUAUUAAUUGAAAAUGAUAAAUUUGAAUUAAUGUGUAAAAAAAUAAAUAAUGAUGAAAAUAUAAAUCUAGAUGAAAUAAAUAAAUAUAUUAGUUUAUUUUUAGCUUAUAAUAUAGGGUUCCCAAUAAAUUUAUCAAACAGUAAUUAUAAUAAUAAUUCAAACUAUUGUAAUAUAAUGAAUUAUAUUUUAUAUGAUUUAUGUUGUCAUCCAAAUUAUAAAUUAUUAUCAACAAGAUAUUUACCACAAGUAUUUAAAGAAAAUAUUAUAUUUGAACAGAACUCAUUUAAUAUGUUAAUAAAAAGGAUGCAUAGGAUGUUAAUAAAAGGAACCAUUCUUGAUUCUAAUAAUAUUUCUACAAAUGUUAUAAAAAAAAAUACAAAUGAUAUAUCAUCUUAUAUAGAUAAUUAUUAUAUUGAUCGUUUAUCUUCAAGAAAUAUUUUAAAAAAUAAAAAUAUUUUUUUAAAAAAAAAUUUCUAUAUACCUAUAUAUAUGAAUGAAACUAAUAGUAAUUCAUAUGUUGAUAAAACUUAUAAUUCUAUAUAUAUAAAAAAAAACCAAAAAAAAAAAAAAAAUUAUUCUUAUAUACAAAAAACAAAUAAAACUCAAAAUAAUCAAGAUAAUAUAAAUAUUUUAAAUGAACAUAAAAAUAAGUAUAAUAAAACAGAUGAAUAUAAUCAUUAUAUACAUAAUAAUGUAGUAUUACAUUCAAAAAUGAUAAUGAGAGGAGAAAUCAAUGAAAAUAUUGAUUUAAAUCUAUUCAAAAAUCAUGUCUUAUAUAAUAAUAAAUCUUUAACUCCUCUAGAAAUUUAUAUAGAUGAAAAUAAACUAUUCAAUUAUAAUAGUAUAUCUAUGAUAUCUAAUUGUUUAACUCCCAUACCAACAUUAAAACAUAUACUACAAAAGGCAAAAUUAUUAUUUUCGACAAAUGCAUAUAUAUAUCAAUAUAAUAAUUAUGGAGUUACACAUGACCAAAUAUAUAAUUCACUUAUGUAUGCUGAACAAAUAGUUAAUUCAUAUGAGAGUUUAUCUUGUGAAUGGAUAUAA